AUAUUACUACGGUUAUGUGUAUAUCAACUGAUGCAGUGAAACAACGAAAGAUUCCAUAAUUGGACUUAUAACAGACGAAAUUGCUGAAUCCUGUUUCCAGAAAAUAUGAACGGAACGGCUGAAGAUUAUGAUAAAUUAUGCCCGAAAUUUCUGCCUCGCUACGUAGAAUCAGCUAUAGACUCACACUUUUCGGGCAUGGAAUGGUCUGAGGAGGAUGUCAUUUUGGAUAUUGGAUGCGGUCCAGGAAGAACAACCAAAAGUAUUCUCUUACCAAAAUGCCCGAAAUUAAUGAAAAUCGUCGCUGUUGACAUAAUACCAGAUUACAUCGAGUAUGCCAAAAAAACAUAUUUUGAUGAAAGAAUUGAGUUUAAGGUUCAAGACAUCAUCCAAAGACCCGAUAUAAAAGAAAUUGGAAAAUACGAUAAAGUUGUGUCUUUCUACGCCUUCAAUUUCGUAAAUGAUUAUCAGAAAUUGUUUUCUGUUAUUUCUUCAAUUUUGAAGCCAGGAGGAUAUUUUUUCUUUAUUCUUUUUACGAAAUGCCCGUUGAUUUCAAUGCUACAAAAUCUUAGUACCAACGAAGAGUGGAAGAAGUACAUAAAGAAAUUAUGA